CAGGACAUACGGAACAACACCCUAAGAACGACAGGGACGAAGGGGAAAGACCUUUCAGAGGAGGAAAACUGGACUAUAACAACAAAAAUGACCACAGCUUGUGUGAUGGCCCUGCUGCUCCUCUGGGCCUGUCCAGUGGACCCAUACCGGACCCCCUAUGAUGAGAGAAAAGAUCGAGAUCCCAGUCGGGACCAAAUGGACACGGAGAACCACCAUCAAGAUGCCAGGAGUAGGGAGAUGAGGGAGUGUCGAAGAUGCUGCGACCCAGGAGAGGAGACUCCACAUCAGUACCAGCACUACCCGCAGUACCAGAUAGUACCACAGAUCAACAUUACUCUGCUCAAAGGUGAGAAGGGUGGUAUUGGUGAACGAGGACCUCAUGGUAAAGUAGGCAGAGCUGGUCAGAUGGGUCCUGAAGGUCCCAGUGGCCUAAAGGGCAGCAAAGGCAGCCUGGGCCUCCCUGGUGAGCCCUGCAAGUCCUACUUUGCAGCCUUCUCUGUUGCCCGCAAGAAGGGUCUCCAUUCCAAUGACUACUACCAGACACUGGUAUUCGACACAGAGCUGGUCAACCUCUACGGCCACUUCAACAUGUUUACUGGUAAGUUCUACUGCUACGUGCCGGGCAUCUACUACUUCAGCCUGAACGUGCACACGUGGAACCAUAAGGAGACGUACCUGCACGUGAUGCACAAUGAGCAGGAGGUGGUGAUCCUCUACGCCCAGCCCAGUGACCGCUCCGUCAUGCAGAGCCAAAGCCUGAUGCUGCAGCUUGAGAGGGAUGACCAGGUCUGGGUGAGGCUCUUUAAAGGCGAGAGGGAGAACGCCAUCUUCAGUGACGAUUUUGACACUUACAUCACCUUUAACGGACACCUGAUUAAGCCCAAACAUGAGCUGUAGGUAGGAGUC